GCUGGACUCAGACAAAAACAGUUUAUUGUUUGCUUUUUAAAUUGUUGUUUUGUUCAUCUUUAUUUGCUUUCUUUGUGUUAACCCAAAAUGGCACCAGUAAUCGGUUAUUGGAAACUUCGAGCUCUUGUUGAGCCUAUUAUACUGACUUUGGAACAAGCUAAAGUGUCCUAUGACAUUCGAGGCUACAAUCUUGGUGAUGCUCCUGAUUUUGACAAAUCAGAUUGGCUGAACGAGAAGAACAAUUUAGGCCUUGAUUACCCCAAUUUACCAUAUUACUUGGAUGGAGAUCUCAAGAUUACUCAGACUUUGGCAAUUCUCCGUUAUUUGGCUCGUAAACAUGAUUUAGGUCCAAAAGAUGAACAAGAAACGAUCCGAUCUGACAUGGUUGAGCAAGGCGCUUAUGAAGUAUUAUUGGCACUAUUCCGAGCAUGGUAUGCUUUCAGUGAUGAACAGUUUAAACUCAAUCUUACACAAUUAGUUCCUUAUCUGGUUGAGAAGUUGGUUCACACUGAGAACGUUCUUGGUGCAAACAAGUUCAUCCUUGGGGAUCGAGUUACUUACGUUGACUUUUUGCUCUACUCGACUCUCGACUACAUCAGGCUGUUCAAACCUUCCUUGAUGGACCCACAUGAAAACCUGAAAAGCUAUCUGGACCGAAUUGAAGCCUUGCCUGAAAUUGAUAAAUAUUUGAAAAGCGAAGGUUACAGUCGAUUCCCAAUCACAGGUACAAUGGCCAAAUGGGGAAACGUCAAAAGCCACGAGCCAUAUUGAUCAAGCUACUGAAAGCUUUCAAGAUUUACAUUCCCAUGACUCUUAUAAUAAUUUUACAAUUGAUUUACAUCGAUAGUGACAUUGAAAAUGAUAUCGAUUGAAAAGUACAUUAAAAUAUCAUCACAAUGAAUUAUUCAAAUUUA